GGGUGGGGGUGGGGCCUGCGCCAGAAGGUUCCCUGCAAAAGCCGAGCCAGAAGAGUAAACCUCGGGAUUGGAGGCUUCGCCUGCAGCCUGGCCCUCCGCCCUCACCUGAGGAUUAGGCCCCGCCUGCCGGCCGCGUCGCCAGGUGUGUCAGGUGGCAGCUCGGGCCCACCCACCUGUCCGCCUUGUGCCCGCCCCAGCCGGAAGCUUCCUCCUUGGACUCUGCACAGUUCCUACAGGUGCUUUCCUGGCCUGGAUACUCCUCCCCAGGUACUCCUCUGAUAAUCUGCAGCCCUAGCUGUUCCUCUGACAGGACUCUGGCCUCCGGGGCUGCCUGGCAUCUGGGGGUUUCCUUGGAGCUCAGUCUUUUCUGGCAGAAGCCGAGGCUCACCGGUGUCUUCAGGCCCCUCCAUGCGUGAGACAAACCAAACCACUGUGGAGCCCUCAGAGCUCCCAACAGCAUCGUCCAUGUCCCCUGGAGUGGGCACUGGGGCCCGGGCAUGGCCCGUGCUGGUAGGGGUUGUGCUGGGGGCCGUGGUCCUCUCUCUCCUCAUCGCACUUGCUGCCAAAUGCCACGUCUGCCGCAAAUACCGUGCCAGCUACCAGCACCGCCCGCUGCCCAGAACAGGGAAGGGGAUCUGCCCGGAGGUGGCCGAAGAGGAUGAUGAUGGCUUCAUCGAGGACAAUUACAUUCAGCCCGGGGUUGGCGGGCUGGGGACCGAGGGUAGCAGGGACAACUUUUCCUUCUGAGUCCUGAUCUCCGGACACCCCACCCCAACCCCGUGCCCAUACCUGACAAUGUAAGGAUAAUGGAGACUACACGGGGACCGUGAGGCUCAGGGACAGAGGUAUCUAGGGCUUCAGGGCGAACCAGGGGUAGAGCAUCCCUUCUUACCGUGACACUGGCUA